AAAGUUGACCGUUUUCGCUUCCCCAGGGCUAGAUGUCACAAUCAACUAGACAGCGGUGAUAUGAGCAAGUAGCUUUAUGGGAGUGUAAAACUACCUUCAUAAACAAGAAACUAACUGUGUAGUUUUAAAUUUUCGGAUAGCUCGAAUUUCGAGUAAUUCAAAUUUCGGGUAGCUCGAUUCGAGUUUUCGGAUAACUCGAAGCUCGGUGCAUACCUAAUCAGGAAAAAAACACUUUAAUUUCGGGUAGCUCGAAUUUCGGGUAGCUCGAAUUUCGGGUAGCUCGAAUUUCGAGUAGCUCGAUUCGAGUUUUCGGAUAACUCGAAGCUCGGUGCAUACAUAAUCAGGAAAAAAACACUUUAAUUUCGGGUAGCUCCAGUUUCAGGUAGCUCGAAUUGCGAAACAAAUGGAAAAACGUUUCUCAUCAAAUCAAUUAGCAACAGCAACACUAUUUGUUACGAAGCUUGAACAAACGACAACAGAACGUUUAGUGUUGUGUGAUUGUAUUCAAAUCUCAUCAUUGCGCUUGACAGAUUUGAUACAAGCUGGUGAAUUAAUUUAUGUCAAUAAAACAAUGAGUGAUGUUAUUGAGAAAAUUGUCGAAGAAUUUUAUACACAUCAUUCAUUGUGA